AUGCGCAGCAAAGUACCAGUAGGCAAGUCCUCACCUCGUCCUCACGUGCAGGUUAAUAACUACGGGCGAAUUAACUCGCCCGGCGAUGACAUCCGUGUAGCCAUGGCGAAGAACGCGAGCAAGGCGGCAAGUCCUACCGCCGCCUCCGGUGCGAGCUGUGACGGGGACGACGGAGACGAAGCGAACGGCGACGACGCCGAGGAGGAUUGGCCGGAGAACGGCCACGACGACAGCGCUUCAGGCGACGAUGUAGGUCCUGCUGACAUCGAGGAGGACGACUGGUGGAAUCGGCUGGUCGGGAGCGACGACGAGGUGGAAGAGUGGCAUGCUGGUGAUUCCGACAACGACGGAGGUAAAGAUGCGCAUGGUAACAACGCGGAGGCAGCGGCGGAUGCACAGGAAGCGGCGGUGGAUGCGAAUGAGGAGGCUGACGACGAGGCGGGGGCGGAACUUGAGACAUUUGCGCCUGCGGAUGCGGCCGCGGUUGCGGAUGCGGAAGGCGAGGAAGGCGGCGACGACGACCCAUGGAGCUUUGGGACCGACGACGACGUCCCGCUACUGAAGCGGAGGCUGCGCCAUCGCCUACAGUCCAAGUCAAAGCGGGCCCGCGUGGUGCUCUCUGACGACGACGGUCCGGGAGAGGAGCGUCGCCCGAUACUCACCGCUGCGGAGAAGGGGAAAGCCAAGGUCGCGGAAGCCCCUGCUAAGGCCCCUGCUAAAGCCCCUGCUCGUCGCCGCACAAGCAACAAGAAGCUGACAUCCGACGGAGACCCGGGAUCCAGCAAGGGUGCGGCUAAGAAGAAGGCGAAGAAGGUGCCGAAUCCUGACGACAUCGUCGUGAACGAGCCGCUCGGCAGCGACGAUGAGUACGCGGCGGCGGCGGGCCCGAUUCCCACGUUCCCUGAGAAGGACAACGGGUGGAUGGACGAGACCGCUGUGCAGACCUGGCUGUCCAAGGAGGUGCUGCCCCAUCUGAACCCCCAGCGCGGCCAGAACGCAAGGCGGGCGAUGCUGGUGUUGGACUCCUACCGCGGUCACAUCACCCAGACCAUGCUUCAGUCGUACCGCACGCACAGCAUCACCCCUGCAGUCAUCCCAGCGGGUUGUACGAGCCAGAUUCAACCCAUGGACGUCUCCAUCAACCGGUGCUUCAAGGCUGCUGUGCGAGCGCGCUACGCCAGGUGGUUCAUGCGUGAAGGGAUUCACCUGAAGACGAAGAAGGGUGAGUUGGUCCUUCAUUUACGGUUUUAUUCAUGUUCUGUUUCGUGUCCUUGUCUUAAACAUGCUCCUUCAUAUCCAUGUCUCUUACAUCUCGCUGCCCCGUCCUCUGUCCCACCCGCACGGAACCUGCGGAGGCCUCCGCACCCCGUGGUGCUGCAGUGGAUCACGGAGGCUUGGGAUCAAGUCCCCAAGCAGAUCAUCAUCGACGCGUUCCGCCACUGUGGGAUCUCGAGCAAGCUGGACGGAACAGAGAACCACCUGGUGAUGUCUCACCUGCGCGCCAGGAGCACCACCGAUGUCUCCGCGGACAUGUCUCUCGGGGGGACCACAGGCGACAACACGCGCCUGCUCGGUCGGGCUCCAGAGGAGGAGGAGGAGGAGGAGGCGAUGCAGGCGGAGGGUGUGCGGGAGGUGGCCGUGGCAACCGGCCUGGAGGUGCUGUACCAGGAGACCCCCAACUACCGCGGAGCGGCGGCCGAGGCUGACCGCAUGAUCGAGCCUAGGGAGACGGCUAGGCAUGCCUGGCGAGUGCCAGACCUGGGUGUAGAGCCUGAUGUUAGUGCAGGUGAGGAGGCGGUGACUGAGGGGGGUUAG